AUGACCUUCCUUGCCAAUGUUGGACUCUGUGCUGGGCUCUCUCGGCAGCGCUGGUCUUGUAUGAGCGUCCAGGAGCGUUUUGAUCUCUUUGUGCUGGCUCUCGUCAGACUACAAGAGUUUGUUCUGCCCACCUCCGCGCCCUCAAUCUUCCCCUCCGCACCCCGGUCUCUCAUCUCAGCAGCUGGGCGGCCACCGGUCCAACUGGAAACGCAACGUCUCCUCCCCACUGGCGGCUUUUUCGGUCUGUCUGAGGUGCAGACCAAACGCGCCUAUCUCCUCGCUACUUUCCAGUUCUGCUCAAAGCACACUGAUAAUAAGGAGGAGGCCAAAGCAAUUAUCGACGCCUGUCGAACCACCCUUGAACAGGCUGUCGCCUUCAUUAAGGAUUUACUUACAACGCCUCCGGAGGCGUCCUUCUGGCCGGAGGCCUACCUUUGGUGUACCGGUCGUCAGAUUUCA